CACAAACGCCUCAAAGAACCAAGACCAUCAACCGACCUCAGAGUCUGAGCAGAAGGUGUGUGUCUCUGUGUGGACGUCAGUCAGCAUGGCGGUGUGCCUCCAGGUUCUGGGUCUGUUCCUGGGUGUGGUGUCCUGGUGUCUGCAGUCCAGCUGUACGUCCUCUCAGACGUGGAAGGUGAGGAGUCAGGCGGAGACGGUCACCACCAGCUCCUGGCAGUUUGAGGGCUUAUGGAUGAGCUGUGCCGCCACGGCGAUGGGGUCCGUUCAGUGCAGCAGGUUCAAGACGGUCCUGGGCCUCCCUGGUCAUCUCCAGGCCUGCAGAGCUCUGAUGAUCAUGUCCCUGAUCAUCGGUCUGGCCUCCAUCAUCAUCUCUGUGCUCGGACUCAAGUGCACAAAGAUCGGCAGGACGUCAGAGAAGGUCAAGGAGCAGAUCGCCCUGAGUGGAGGCAUCAUGUUCAUCCUCUCUGGUGUCUUCACCCUGACUGCGGUCUCCUGGUAUGCUGCCAGAGUCAUCAACGACUUCCACGACCCGUUCCAUGGUGGACUGAAGUUUGAGCUGGGAACUGGUCUAUACCUGGGCUGGGCCUCCUCCAGCCUGGCCAUACUGGGGGGAUCUCUGCUCUGCUGCAGCUGUAAGAGGAGCCCCUCCACCCCCCCUGCAAGGCAGUUUUCCUACUACUCCAACACCGGCGGAGGUCAGAGCAUCUACAAAGCAGCUCCAGCCUCUGAAAGCAGCAGCUCCAAAGCUUAUGUCUGAUCCUGGCUGAUCCGACUGCAGCACAGAAAACCAUUUCCUUCAAAUCCAGAUGGAGUCUGAAACCUGCAGGCCUCAGGGCCCUGUAGGCAUUAAAUGUCCUUUCUUCACGUACACAUGCUUUUAUUAUACCAUAUAUACUCAAUACAGGAUACAUUUCUACAGAAGCCUGUUAAUGCCAUGAACAUUUAAAUCAGUAGGCAAAGACUGAGGAACAGCUGUAGGAACAACUGCAGCUCCUUUAUUUAUUGUGAAAAGUAAAUUUAGGAACCGAUAUCUGUGAUUUAUUGUUUUUCACUUUGAACUUCUGUUUGUCUUUUUUUAAUUCAGAUGUUCUGUAGUUUAGCAUUCUGGUCACCAGAUGGUAGCAGAUAAUGAUCGAUGAUCCUACUGGAAAAUGUAUAAACCAUGCAGGGUACAAGGGUUUGUAUUUAGACUGGUUUAUGAAUAUAUAUCAGUGUCAUUGUUUGCAUUGAAUUUAUUUUUCUUUUAUUGUUUUUGU